AUGGAAACAAAAGCCUUGUCUUUGCAUCUGGCAGCACGGCAUGAUUACAAAAUACUCAUGAUUUGGCAAAGAUUGCUUGGUUGCAGGUUAUUUGUUAGCCAUUUGAGUUCUCCGACGCUCCCACCCUUGCCGCUGAUUCGGAAACAUACGCAAGCCAUGGCGCCGCAGAUUGACAAACCGGAGGUGUCCCAGGACAGUGAGACGUUCAAGACAAAGCCAUAUGUUGAUGGUGCCAAGGUGUUAAUCGGUGGAGAGGUGAAGCCUUGGACGGGUGCAAUUACCGAGGUCUUCUCUCCGGUGUACUGCACGGAGACCAAUCAACGCAUCUGCAUCGGUCGCCAGGCGACCCUGUCGUCGAAGGAGGCAGUGAAGGCAGUAGAGGCAGCUGCCAAAGCAUGGGGCCGCGGCCGCGGCGAGUGGCCGCGCAAGUCCCUUGAGCAGCGUGUAGUUGCAGUGGAGAAGCUCGUUGAGAAGCUGAAGGAGCGCCGAUCGGAGAUCGUGUCGGUGUUACAGUGGGAGAUCUGCAAAAACGAUGCCGACGCAGCGAAGGAGUUCGAUCGCACGAUGGACUUCAUCGGUGCACUGAUCUCGGCAGCACGAGGCUUCGAUUCCACUGGCAUGGCAUGCCAUGAGGGUGUGCAUGCCCUGCUGAAGCGCUCUCCCAUCGGGGUGAUGAUGAAUUUGGGUCCCUCCAACUACCCCUUCAACGAGACUUACGCCACACUGAUCCCAGCCAUCCUCAUGGGCGAUUCUGUGGUGAUGAAGGUUCCGAACACGGGUGGCCUUGCGCAUUUCCUCACCAUGGAGGCCUAUGCCGAGUGCUUCCCCGCAGGCGUCGUGAACUUUGUCUCUGGCCGGGGACGCGACACCAUGCCUCCGUGCAUGGAGACAGGGCUGGUGGACGUCUUCGCAUUCAUCGGCUCAUCAAAGGCAGCCGAUGCCUUGGUAAAGGCACACCCGCAGCCACAUCGCUUGAAGAACCUGCUGUCCUUGGAUGCCAAGAACCUGGCCAUUGUGAUGCCGGAUGCCGACUUGGACGUGGCUGUGAAGGAGUGUGUGGCUGGUAGCACCUCCUACAACGGCCAGCGCUGCACCGCCAUCAAGCUCAUCAUGGUGCACAAGAGCAUCGCUGAGAAGUUCAACGAAAAGUUCUGCGCCGCCAUCUCGGGAUUGUCUGCAGGCUUGCCGUUUGGCAAGAGCAACAUCACGCCCUUGGCGUCUAGCUCCACAGAGUACAUGAAGACGCUGACGGACGAUGCCACCUCUAAGGGUGCCAAGGUCCUAAACGAGGGUGGCGCACACUUGGAUCGAUCGCUGUUCUUCCCUGCCGUGGUGUAUCCCGUGACACAUGAGAUGGAGCUCUGGCAAGCCGAGCAGUUCGGGCCGGUGAUCCCCAUUGCACCCUAUGAGAGCAUCGACGAGCCCAUCGCCUGGCUGGAGAAGAUGCAUUUUGGCCAGCAGUCCGCAAUCUUUACCUCCCAGGAGGCCACCCAACCAGAUGCUGAUCUGGCUGAGCUGUUGGACGUGUGCGCGCUGUCCACUUGCCGCGUGAACCUCAACGCGCAGUGCCAGCGAGGCCCCGACGUCUAUCCCUUUGCGGGCCGGCGCAGCUCGGCCAUGGGCACGAUCUCUGUGGAGGAGGUCCUGCGGGCCGUGAGUGUGGAGACGAUGGUGGCCGGGAAGAAGCCGGAAGUGAUCAGAAGAGCCUGCCAGGGCUCCACCGUCUUUGCGAAUAUCUAG